AUGAGUUCCCGGCCCGGGGGUUUGGCAAAAGUGGAAAUGCCGGGUCGCCCAUGCCUACACAGAUGCACUCGGGUUGCCGCGUCUGGGUUCGAACCACGGAUCUUCCGGGAGCACGAGGGCUGGGAUAAUGCCAGGUUGCCCAGGCCUAAAGAGAGGAAGUCGAGAGGCGAAGGUCGGGUUCGAACCACGGAUCUUCCAGUCAGUAGAUUCGCGCCAUACAAGAAAGUGAACACCUGGUGCUAA